AUGAUUUUUCUAUCGUCCGGUGGAAACGGUUUUAUGUUCAUAAUAUUCAUUCUAAUGAGUGUCAUUCAAAAUGUGAGUCUCUACGAUUGUCCGUUGCUACGAAGUUAUAACGAUAACGCUGGCUUUCUGAUUGUCAAUAAAACUAUUACAGUGUCUGGUGAAUUACCUAUCAAUUGUCAAUGGUUGAUUGUGGGUUUUUCUCAUCAGAGCAUUAACAUAGAAUUCGAUUAUUUGUUUAUUCCGAUAUCGGAUCAAGAAUAUUUGCAUACAGGCUGCCGUCGCGGAUCUAUUGGCUUAUGGACAGUUGGGUUAAAACAUGAAAAACUGGAAAUCUGUGGUGAUCGUCAUAGUGUCCGUGUUGCAGGCAUCGGGCAAAUGCUAAUGAUUGAACUUCGUAUUGUUGAUCCGAAACUUGAAGUAUCUUUUCGUAUGAAUUAUCAAUUGUUUGACGUUCCACAAAUAUCGAGUACUCCGCCUGCACUAGUAGAAACAACUACAUUUCCAUUCGAAAAACACAUCAAUAAUCCAGAUUGGUUAUAUUCAGAAUGUGGCUUGACAUGGACUGUUAAUAAUCGAUAUUAUAAUGAAAUUUCUAGCCGUAUUGUUGGCGGACGACAAGCAUUAGCACAUAGUCAUCCGUGGCAAGCUCUUCUGUAUAAUCGUGGGCAGUUUUGUGGCGCCAGUGUUCUCAAUAGAAAUUGGAUAAUCACAGCGGCACAUUGUGUCAAUGGAACGAAAUCAAAACAUUUAUUAGUAGAAUUCGGUAUACAUGACCGAUACCGGAUAGAACCUUCGCGAGUUGCUCGAACAAUCAAAAAAGUGGUAGUGUAUCCUGCAUAUAGUGGGAAAUCAACGAGAUGGAUGCAUGAUAUUGCUCUACUUCAAUUAUAUGAACCCCUUGCAUUCAAUCCAUUUAUUCGACCUAUAUGUCUAUCGGCUGCACAAGACACUGUUAAACAGAGUGAACGAACAAUUAUUACCGGUUGGGGUUCAACUCAAGGUACGGGAAAUUUUCGAUAUCUACAUGAAGUUCAAGUACCGAUUCAAUCCAAUGAUCAAUGUGCACUGCAAGGAAUUCGUCGAGAAACAACCUUGUGUGCUGGUUUAUGUGAAAAUUCUACGUGCGAUUCUUGUCAAGGUGAUUCAGGUGGUCCAAUGGCUCUGUUGCGUAAUGGUCGAUGGCAUUUAGUUGGUCUAAUUUCAUGGGGGUUUAGUUGUGCUGGUCUUGGUGUUUAUACGAAAGUUUCUUACUAUUCAGAAUGGAUUCUACAAACAAUACAUGACUCAAGUUCAUGGAUGUGA